AUGUCGAAGAGAGGACGUGGAGGAUCGGCGGGGAACAAGUUCAGGAUGUCGCUGGGUCUGCCAGUGGCAGCGACGGUGAAUUGCGCCGACAAUACCGGAGCGAAGAAUCUGUACAUCAUUUCGGUGAAGGGGAUCAAGGGGCGUCUCAAUCGCCUGCCAUCUGCUUGUGUCGGAGAUAUGGUGAUGGCCACCGUUAAGAAGGGAAAACCCGAUCUGCGUAAGAAGGUCAUGCCAGCUGUCAUUGUACGGCAGCGCAAGCCAUGGCGCCGAAAGGACGGUGUCUUCAUGUACUUCGAAGUUAAUGACACGAUAAACGGAUAUUGA